AUGAACUUCCACAACCUAUCUCCUCGAAGGAGAAAGCAACAGCAGCAACAACAGCAGCAACCUCCCCAGCAGGCUGGAAGACCUUUACAAAAACACCCGGUGACUAUGAAGCCCAUGAAUCCUGCUCAAAGGCAGCCGCCGCCACGGAUGCCUGUAGAUCCGAGAAAGAUGAUAGUUGAUCAAAUCAUCAGAGAUUGCUAUUCAAAGUUCAUUGUUGUUGAUGGGCGCACUGAACCUGAAAUUAAGUAUAACACUCAUUUGGGGAUCCGAGAGUACUCUCUGUUUCCCCAGCUGCCACCUCCGUCAGAUAUUCCCCCCAGUCAGAUUGGUGCUAUCAAAAACAGAAUUCUUGUAGUUGGUACGAAGUCUUCAGGAAGAGUGCUUCUUCAAAAGGGGAAAUACAAUGACCAAAAACAUAUAUACCAGAUUGGCCGUACAUGGGACUUGGAUGAACUUGUGGCGAUAUCGAGGACAGGGCCAGACUCGUUGAUUUUGCAGUUGAACAAAAACUACUUUUGGAAGUCUGGAGAAGGGCCUGAUAGGAUGAUGAAGUUCGUGCAUCAUUUAUCGCUGAUCUAUGCAAAGUUCACGGGACGGUAUCCUGAGCUCAAUGGGAUCACGCUCCAAGAACUCAAUCUUCCGCCAAUGGGUAGUAAGGAAGCCGGCUCACAGCAUUCUGUGCAGCGGCAACAACAGCCGCAACAGCAGCUUUCUGCGAAUACGUCCACGCAAAGCUUUGAUCCCUCUCUCCACUAUAAAGACCUUGACUUUACAGCCAAUGGUAAGUUGCCUACAAAACCAAUGGUUGUCAUGGAUGUCGACAGGCCUGGACUGAAAACAAGUCUAGUCGAUGCAAGUUCUGCCUUCACGGAAGAGACAGCUCCAAAAACAGAGAAAAGUGAGAGAUCAUCACACCCAUAUUCUCAAUUCUCCCCACUGCGUCUGGUCGAAGUUUCUCAUGAUGCUGGUGACGACACAACUGACUCUCACAGCUUUGUAUUCGCUCCAGGCGAUGCCCAAGCAAAACCUCUGGAGGAGAAUCACAUGCCUUCCAUCUCAGAGUACGCUAGGACUAAUGGAGGUGCCACCUCUCCAUUGAGAAAUUACAAGCCUGACAGAUCAUACAAUCAAGGAAAGAGGGACCCGACAGAGCCAAUUGAGCAGUCAGCGGCUUAUGGCAGUGUUCUCCAGGAACAGCUCGAGGGAAAUGACACCACCGAAUCGCUAAACUUCCAAUUCAAGGUUCCGACUGACAAUGAGCUGUCUGUCCAGAGGGUGCUCACUCCUCCUCCACCUCCCGAUGACGGCAUCGAGGAGGUUUUUGGAGAGGUCACCCCAGAACAGCGCAGAACGUACAAAAUGCCCUCUAUACCUGGUGGAUUUCCACAAGAAAGUGCUCCUCAAGAGAAGGAUGAAGAUGCGGAAACCUCGCGAGCGAUUUCUGAAUCUACGAAGCUUGACAGCGAAGAUAAUGGCAUCGACAGCUCCAUCAGGGAGAUUGAAGACUUCAUGGAGAGUCAGCUCACAUCGAGCAAGAGUCGGAAGGCAUCGCUUGCCCCACAAAGCAAGCAAUCUCAAGAUGAGGCCACAAGUGAGGUAUCUAACGACGUCCAUCUGGGUCAAGAUUCCCUUAGAAGUCCAAUGCUAGACGGUGCGGAAACCCCAAUAACUGAGAUUCAAUCGCAAAGUGAAAUGGCUAAACUAGCGGUUGAUCCUGAGAUUGACGAUUUGCUUGAAGAAGUUGGAUACGAUGUCCUUGAUACCACUGAUGCUUUUGUUAAGAAACUUACCAGAGAGCUCAAUCAGAUUAAACGGAAGAACAUAGAGGAGUUAACAACACUUGAUUUCGGUAAGGACUCCCUUUCUAAUGAAGUUGAAAAUGCUUCGGGUGAGGUGGAGAACCUCAUCGGCAUCUUCAAAAGAAUGGAAAUCAGCUUUGACUUACUCGCUCCUCGCAUCAAUCACAUUGAAAACAAUUCAAAAGGGCUUCAAGUCAAGUCCAUCAACAAGAAGAUUCUUUUCAACGAUUUGAACGAGAUUUUGAAUAAGGCCAGAGUAAAUCCCUCUGAUUUGCAACUUAUAGCCAACUAUGUGGAGUUCCAAAACCUUCACUCUAUUCCUCUGUUGGAAAAAAAGUUGUCAGUUCUCUACGAAGCCUUGGGAGCUAUUGGAAGUAGUAACACGUCUGAUGAUUUCAGCUCCAUGCAAGCUUUGAAACAAUAUCAGCAGAAGUAUGAGAAGACAGCAGUGGCCUUUGUCGACCACUUCAAGAAGUUUAUGGAAGAGGAAUUUGUUGUUACUAUCAAGGGGCUCGCAGAAGAAAUUGCCAACCUCUACCCCAGAAACUUGCUUGUUUCCUUCAAGAUUUUCUUGGCGUAUCUUGGUUUGUCUAGCUUUGUCAAAUGUAUUUCGGAGAAGAAAUUGCUCCUCUUGAGUGAGAACGCCAAUAGCUUAUUGGCUGGGUUCUUGGACAGAUAUCUAACUGAACGCUUGAAACAUGUUCAGCUGGCUGCAGAUGCCAGCCCAAAAAGACUCUCAGGCAAUGUGGAGACUAUGUCAGCUCUUCGGAAGACAAAACUGGCUAGAUUUGGCUCUCAAAGAUUGAUUCAUCGCUUGGGUGGUCAUUCUGAGGAGCAUGACAAGAAGAAGGAAGCCACUCAGCCAGUGACCACUUCAAAGGGUCUCGCAGAUCCAAGAGUAAUAAUGCGCUUGGUGCAUGAGGCCCAAGAGCUUAUACUCGUUGUACAGUUCUUUGUCGGUACUUUCUUUCAUCAUAACGAUGUGGAAGACUACAGUCAGUAUAUCAAAAGCGUCUCGUUCAAAGAUAGAAUGGAGUUAUUCGACAACCCUAAUCUUGAACUGAUCAACUACAAGGUGAGCUCGAAUGACUUGCUCCGCAGCAUGACAGCAAUAUUUGGAAACUAUAUAUCUAAACUUAUCAAAAAUCUUACUCCACAGGAGAUGAUAUUGCCGCAAUUGCUCGUGGAAUUAACUAAAUUAAUCAAGCAUACCAGCGAAAAAGACCAAGACUUUGUUUGCUACAGCUUUUUAACAAAAUUGGCGGAUAGAUACAAGAACAUGUGGAGAAGGUUUACUUCCACUCAUGUUGAUUUAUUGAAUAAGUCUGACAUCCGUGCAAGAGUGGGAAUCUUACCGGCGAUCAAGAAUCUCAAUGAAAUAAUUGUCCUCACGGAGGCCUCGAUGCAAGAGGUUGGUGGUUACAGGGAUGAUGAAGCAUCUAGGGAAAUCGAUGAAAUGGUCAGCAGUACUUACGAGGAGCUCACGACUGCAGCCGUCGAGUUGUUCAAGAGAGACGAUCCACUUCUCAAGUCUAAUGCACACGAUGAGAAAGAGCGAGCACACCGCAACGUCGCCAUCCUCCAGAACAUAUUCGCUGUGUUGCAACAAUUAAAGGGCAUCAAGGCACGCCACACACAACACAUGAAGGCUGAAUUUGACAAGGUUUUCAACGAAACCCAGGAUCAGUACUUCGAUUAUCUUCUCCACAGAAGUAUCGGUAAAGUUAUUGAUUUUAAUAAUGCCGCCGAAAGCGCUGAUGGAAAGACAAAGCACAAGAAAGAGGAUAAGAUUUUUAUCAAGUCGAUCAUAUCCAGCUACAACUCUAAAGAGUUACAACAAAAGAUUAGCGACCUUCGUCGCAAGUUGGAGAAGCAUUUCCUCAUCGAAGAUGAUGUCAAUGGCGAAGAUUUACUCAAGAGGUUGUGGUCAGACAUGGAGUACGCUUUUAGUACUAUCUUCCAGAAGUUCGAUAGGGGUAUCAAGCAAGUUGAUCGUGACUUUGAAUUCCACAUCACUAUAGCAGAGAUUCGUCGUCUUUUCGCAUCUGUCUAA